AUGACGCUUUUCGCAACAUGGGAGGACUUCGCCAGCGCGGCUGAGAAACUUUACAUAGACAACCCCCACAAGGUAAACAAAAAACUUCCUUCGAUUUUGUCAUAGUUCCGACUUUUAACGAAGUAUCAACAUAAGGACCAGAAAAUGGUAGUUAAAGCUACUGACAACGAACAUGUGAGUAAGCAUUCGUGGAAUUUUCAUGUAGGCUUAGACUCUCAGGUAUGUGACAGAACUGGCACAAGACGUAAAGAAAUACGAGAGAUUCAACACACUGCUUAUGCGCCAUAUGGCAUCAAAAGACGCAAAAUGA